CAACAUCCAAGGGGGUGGAGAGCAAGCUACUGGUUGGGGAUCACUGGGCUAGAAGCUCUCACCUUCUGACACACCAUGUUGGCCAGUUCAUUGUGCUUCGGCUCAAAUGAUCGGAACAGCAAGAAGCCAUGGCUCCUCACUGCUGUUCCAAUUGUUCAAGUGCUUUGUGCAUAUGAUUAAUCUCAACCAUAUCGUGUGGCCCCUCAUCUGUUUGGUUAGUAAGAGCACCUGGUUGACUUUAGGUAACAUUCUUCUACCUUAGCAAGAGUAAGCUAAGCAUUAGAGUAACCUCCUCAGGUGGCAGCUUGUAGAUGUGGGUUCCCAGCCGUAAAUGUUAUUCUUUGGGGAAUAGAGAUUAGGUGUUAUCAGUAUAUGCUUUUUAUGUGGUUUAUGGCUGAAGUUUUAACCUGGUUAUGUGCAUUGUAACACAGCAAUAGGGUGCCCACCUGAUGUGCCUUCAAUCCGUUCCAAACCCCUCUCCUUCCAAGCAAGGUGUGUGGAAAGUAAAGAUCGCUGAAGUUUUAGAGAGAUAAUUUGCAGUAUUCUAUUGCUCUUUUGGCUUUACAGGGGAAAUCCUCAUAAUUUCUGGCAUCGCUCUAGGUAUGAAAAAACCUAAGGAGUUUUUCCUGCUAUUUUAUGGCCCUGUUCUGUUGGCCAGACACCCUGCACCCUGUUAGGCCAUAUUGCUUCCUGGUUUCUUGCAAGCGAAUAAGAACAAAGAAAGCUGUGGGAGUUGAUAAAGUUGUGGUGGAUGAACUUGUGAGACAAAAUCCAUUGUUGGUCAAAAAUAAUAGUCUUUCAGAAACUGUUUUGGGCCUUCUAGAUUAAUCCUGGAGUUGUGUUGGAAAAUCUUGUGACUCCAUGUGAGAUCAACAUUUGAAUUAAGGCUGCACCUGAUUAAUCUGAAUCUAGGAGGUGCUAUUAAUACAGGUGAAAAACGAGAUGGGUGAGAAUACACCAAUGCUGUCUGAUGAUGAGCUGAUGUCUAUGUCUGUGCGGGAGUUAAACCACCACUUGCGUGGCCUAUCCAAGGAGGAAGUGGUACGGCUCAAACAGCGGAGAAGAACACUGAAGAAUCGAGGCUACGCUGCUAGCUGCAGGGUUAAGCGUGUCUCCCAGAAGGAGGAGUUAGAGAAGCAAAAGAAGGACCUGCAGCAAGAGGUGGAGAAGCUGGCUCAUGAGAAUUCCUCUAUCAAGCUGGAACUGGACGCACUGCGGGCCAAGUAUGAGGCUUUGCAAAACUUUGCUCACUCUGUGUCUCGAGGGCCCAUAACUCCAGCUAAAGUGGCCGCCACCAGCGUGAUCACCAUUGUCAAGUCCCAUGGAAACUCCUACUCCUAACAGAUGGGAUGUUGCUUUUGCUUCCCCAUCCUAUGUCACCUCAUUAAUUGCUACAAAGCCAUGCACCAGAUCUUAGCCAUCUCAGCCAUGAGUCACACAGGCGCUGGAAUGAGGCUAAUACAGCUUCCUUUGUAAAGCCUUCUUCUGCCAAUAUCAACCAGCAUUCCAUUCACCUGUGCGUAAAGGAUCUGUCCCAGAGUGCUUUACUUUACAGAUUGUCUAGGAUGUGGUUCUGGUUAUGCUUAUCCUGAAAACGAUGGGUUCUUAGUUUAAAACCUUAAUGCAUCAAUGCAAUGGAAGGUACCUUGACUUGCACGAGGCCUGAUCCUGUCCUCAUACAUAUUUUGGAAAUGUUUUGACGUGGAAAGCAUCACCCUGCUUUUUCUUAUUGAUACAGAGUUAAGUUAUUGAAAUAAUUAUACAUUUUAUUUUGUAGUUAAAAGGUUACACUUUGUGUAUGGUGUGUGGCAUCCUUUACUUUUGUACCGAGGAGACGUCUGUGCUACAUGCUGUGGUAAAAACUUUGUGACACGCGUGAGCCCAGAACGGCUCAACAUAUAGGAUAGGCGUGUGCAAUUUAGCUUGUGUUGCUUAGCGGUCCCAAGGAAGGAAGCCCAGAAGGAUUUGCUCUCUGACAAAUCUAACAUUGUUUACACACAACAGAUAUGGAGGUUAUGAUGCAAAGAAAUGUGAGGAGAAGGUGAUUAAAUUUAGAGAAGGGAAAUGGGAUGUUAAAGGCCCGCAUGCUUUAUGUGUGUGGUAUUUAUUGUGUGGCGAACACACACACAGGAGAAAUAGUAAGUUACAAGCUUGUUUCUACCAUGGCUGUUACACCAUGUGACUCAAAUCAAGCAAUGGGAUAGAAGGAUGUGGAAAUGGGUGUAGCCUGCAUAGCGAUAGAUACAGCCAGGCCAAGCGAGUAAUUGCAGUAGAUGGUUUGUGCCUUGGGCAAGCUAAAUAUAAGAAGGAACAUUCCUGCAUUUUAUUUAUUUAUAUAUAUAUAUAUGUGUGUAUAGAGGUGCAGCAGCUUGUGGGUUGCUUCUGGUGUUCAUGAGUUGCCAAUACCUUCCAGGAUAUUGAAUAAAUGAUUGUGAUUGCCAGACUGGGACAUACUUAGUAACAUAAAGUGCACCAGUCUGAAUUAACAGCCUUGCACUCUAGUGUGGGCAGAUCUUUCAGUAUGGAGGCUGCCUGUCUGAGGAGAGUCAGGCCUUUUUGCCAUGAUACAAAUGGAGAACAUCAACUCGGACAAAGUUCCUGCAGAAACAUUUAGCCAGGCUGCUCCACCUCAAGGGGCCAGAAACAGUGUCGCAUACAACGUAGUUCUGAUAAAGCUUAUUAGAUCCAUCUGAUAAAAUCAGUAGCACAAUAUGAAUAAAAUGUGACUGCGCUAAGGUUUUACUAAAGUAUUCUCUCGCUGCUGUAUAGCUUGUCUCACCACUGGUAUCUGACAUGGCACCAUCCAGUGGUCAGAGGUUAUUGACUAUGGGAUAUUGAGAUAUGCAGAGGGCUGCUCAGUACUGGCAAUAAGCUGCCAGUAUCUGCAUAGAGUUGGCUUAUUCCUAGGCAGACUAUAAAGCUCACACUGUGAAACCCAUAAAAGAAAGAGAACGCCUACCUCUAAACAGAGAAAUGCAAGGCAGCCAAUGGGAGUUGAGGCUUUUGAGAAGGUGAUCAGCUUCUCUUUAUAACGAAUCCUGAAGCUCGGAGAGAGAAACAUAGGUUAAAAGAAAGUCGAAAUGAAGGCGAGGAAUGUGAAGUUUAAAUGGAUAAGAGAAAUAAGGAAACAUAACCUUUCAGUAGAUGCAAUAGCACUUUUUGUAAGAAAACUGGAAAUCCUUAUGGGCUACAAAUCAAAACAUACCGAUCACAUUGGGACUGUUAAGUUUCACUUGCCAUUUUAACACGCUAGGCUGUGUGCUGGCACUCUCACUGUCGCAGAACUGCAACUCCGAGCAGACAACAAUUGUUAGAUACAAAGACUGUAUAUUGUUAAACAAUAUCAUGUUUAUUGGCUUUAAUCCGGGUCCCCUGUGCUGUUGUGGGAACCAGGGUGAAUACCCUCUCUAACCUGCCAGUGAGAGUUGUAGUUCACUAACAUGGGAAGCCUUUGCCUUUGCUUUUGAUGAAGCCAGCGGCUCAGCAGCCCAUGUUGAACUACAAAGAAAAUAAUCCAGUUGUCUCACAAAUUCAUUUUCCGACUGAAUGCUAAAGUGGCCAGUUAAGACAUAUGAUUUGUUCUGUGUGUUGUUAUUCACACCUUUCUGUUCCUUCUUUUUCCUCUAAAUAUUUAUCGCUGCUUACAAAUCAGUUUCCCAAGACACAAGAUGGAUGCUCGGUAUCCUUUUAUCCUCCAUCCACCUCAAUAUUCCCAGCUCUUUCCAUCUGCUUUAUGUUUAUUGCCAACGGAGAUGCCGCCUACGUCUCUAGCACCACAAGGGUUAACCUGCCCUGGCAUUUGCUUUCUGGAGGAAAACCUUAUUUAUGUUUGAGAAGUUUAUUUUUUUCAGUAUAUUUAUAUAUUAUUUUUAUUAUAAAGAUUAUAGGGAAGAGGGUGGGAAAUGCAUAUGGUAAAUGUACGUUUGUUGGAAAUAAAAUGUGGAAAUGGCUGCUCUUGACACAAAUCCUUGCGAUGUUGGUUAUAUUUAGAAUCAAGGGGCAGACUUACUAACCUGUAACACUUGGGGGGAUUAAAGGGUUAAAAUUUACAAAGCUGUUUUUGAGCAGUAGCCAUUUGUUAAAAAACAGAAAAUAGCUUUUUUUUUUAAAAAAAAAAAAAUUUAUUCAGUACUCCUCAUCAUUUUGGAGGAUUAAUGAUUCUACAGGGUGUUAGAUCUCAGUAGAGCAGCUGAACUCUAACACCCACCAUCUCCGAAUGGAGUCCAUUUGCUCAGAACAGACAGAGAUUCUGCUCAAUUGACUAGUUGAUCAAAGUAAUAACUUCUAAGAAUUCCUCCGGAUUCCCCUGUUAGUAAAGCUGCCCCUUAGUUUUGUUGGUUUUCAGAACAUAAAAGUUGAUAUGAUUUUGCUCCAACCCCAAAAUGUAUUAAAAAGAAAUGGUAUUUCCCACAGAAGUAUAUUACCUUGAUUUGACUCCCCCACAUAUUCCAGUGAUGUUUAUGAGUCUGCUGUGUAUCUGAAGCUGUUGCUGAAAUUGUCUCGUUGCAGCCCUUGUGUUGUAUUGGAGCUUAAAUGUGUCCGGCUUCCCUUGAGAAACCCGUCUCCAUAAUAUACACCUCCACUGCUUUGAUUUGGGUUUUAUCUGGCCUCUUGAAAUGUAGUAGAAGGUGCUAUAUUUUCCGUCUCUAUGCUUGGUGUAGGCAAUAUGAAAUAAUGGUGUCUAAUACAAGAAUAUUAACUGGAGACCACAGUCUGGAGGACAUAACUGAGCCUAAGCCACAAUUGGUAUUGGGCUUUUCUUCACCAUUCUCUGCCUUUGUUCUACUCUGUAGCUCAGCCCAUCUCCCACUCGUGAGCACAGUGAUGUUUACAAACCUGCAAGGGUGGCCUUAUGUGACCUACUACAUUUUAAGGUGGGGAAUAAAUCUAACUUCUAUGAAAUUUUUAGCACCUAGCUUUCAUACAUGAUAGGAACAGUUUCCCCAGUGCAUUAAGCCUUAUUUGUCCUUUGUACAAGGAUAGACAAGGAAAACACUCAUUUUAGACAAGUGAGGACUGGUCACCACUGUGGCAAGUGAAGACAUUUUCACAGUUCUGAAUUCAGCUCAAACACUU